AUGUCUAUAGACCAGGCGUCGCCACUGGUGCCGAUCAAGCCGCAAGUCACUCUACAGAAUAGUGCGUUUAUAAAGAACAGCCAUAACCGAAGCAGUUUCUGUGGAGUGACACCUUCGCCGACCAAUGGCAAUGGAACGUUUAAAACAUUUGCCGUGAAUCGAAAGAGUUGGAGUGGGAACGUCACCAUCCCGCUGCAACAGUUCACACCAGAUGUUGAUACGAAACCGCAUCUGGCAACUUUCCGGUCUGGAACUGGAACUUUCCCGCGGAACAGGGGGCGAAACAAUAACAGCGCGUGCAACGGAAUAUUAACGCCUAACGGGAACUCAGUGCAAACGCUGAGAGGAAAUGAAGUGAGGAGGAGCGGAUGCUCAAACGGCCGUCGCUAUGCUGAGAUCGGAAACUGGAGUAAAAGGUGA